GUUGUUGUCGGGCUAAUAUCGUGGAAAAUUCUGAUGGAAGUAUCCGUUGGCAGAGUUCUCAGAUGGUGAGACACCCUCUCAGCCUCAGCGAGUUCAGGAGCCUGAAGAAGAGGAUGAGGAUUCUGUGCGCAAACGGACCAUCGCAGAGCGCAUGGCGCGUUUGGGCGGGAUCAGGUUUGGUGCACCACCAGUCCCCACGCCAACCACUCGACCUACUUUUCCUCGUGCACCUCCCCCGACAUCUAUCCCUCCUGAUGAGUCAGAAGUUGAUGCUAAGGAAUCGGAGGAGAGAGAUGAGACAGUAGAAGACGAAGCUGCGAGGAAGCAGCGGAUCGCUGCAAAACUUGCAGGUAUGGGUGGCAUGCGAUUUGGGAUGUUGCCGCCUGGUGCGGGCGUAGCACCUGCGACUGCUCGACGACUUGCACCGAAGCAGGACGACAGUGAGAAUGAAGACGCGGCGCUUCCUGUUCCUGCACCCGCGCGUCGACCACUGCCACCUGUUGAAGUCGAGUUGGAGCAAGAAUACCACCAGACAUGGUCGGAAGACAGCGUACGUACUGAAAUGGAGGAGAGCGAAGUUGAGGAGGCGUAUUAUUCAGAUGCGGAUGCUCAAGAGCCGGUUGAGGAAGAUGGCCCACCCUUGCCUCCGCCCCGACGGUCGUCUUUGACGCUGAGGUCUGCGGAGGUACUUCCGACUCCUCCUCCUCGUCUGCCCCCUUCUAUUGGAAGACAUCCAAUUUCAUCCAUCUCUGCGGCUCUGCUUAACCGUCGCUCUAGUGUUGCGACGGGAUCGUCCUCUAGGAAGUCUUCGGCAGACUACUCCAGCACGGCUGAAACCCCCGUACAGAAGCAGCGAAUACAUAUGGCCCCACCCUUGGAAACAGCCUCAUCAGAUUCUGGUACUCAAUCAGAGUACGUGAUGGUAGAGCCUGAACCAGAGGCCGAGGAACAGCCCCUUGCGCCUCCACCUCGCCGCUCAAGUCGUGCGCCCCCUCGCUCCUUCCCACCGCCUCCGCCUCCAUCCGCCAUCGACCCUCCUGAACAGAUUGCUAGCACUACUCAGUGGGAACUCCCGUCGAUCCCCCAGGAUACAUCUGAAUUUGGCGAUGAAGCGGACCUAGCUUCAUCCAGACUCUCAGAAGACUCGACGUUCCAUGGAUCCACGUCACCAAUGCGUAAACUCGACUCUCGCCGCACCUCAGGGCAGACUGCUCGUCCCGUUGACCAGCAGAUCAGCGCGGACGACCUCAUGGCGCUCUGGGGCAAAGUUGGGGUGCAGGUGGUGGAGUCUGCGAUGGGGCUGUUUGAAAAAUCUAAACGCUCGCUUGUUGGCGACGGUUCGUACGCGGGAUUUGUGAAGGAUGUUUUAGCACAAGUUCCUGAUGCACAACGUGUCUCAGGGGAGGGUGAGGACUGGGGGUAUUUGAUCUACGUGCAAACUGCCGGCUCGGUGCAGCGCCGCGUUGCUGAUAUCCUGCCGGGUGAUGUAAUCGCCUUUUGGGACGCAAAGCUCAAAGGCCACAAGGGGCUUCACACGUAUAGCCAAACGAUCGGCACAGGGGAGAACGGUCCGCUUGUAGGUGUGGUGAGUGAGAUGGAGAGUAAAAAGAGCAAAGUUCGCGUAUGGCAAGCGAACCAGCAUGUCGGUCAGCAGGUGAGUUUGCUACGAAGAUGGGGGUGGAGGGCGAACGGCGCGCUGAUACCGAAGGCUACGCAGACUGUGGAGAAUGUGAGUUACAGGUUGGAGGAUUUGAAAAGUGGGGUUGUUAAGGUGUUUCGUGUCAUGGCCCAAGUAUGAGCAAUUUUGUGUGUACGGAUUUCGUAGGGUGGAUCGUGUAAUACUUUGGUUUUCAUUUAUAUUCGGAACUGUAUAAUUCCAUGUGGACUCUUAUCUAGGUAUUCAGGCGCUACAAGUUGUUGCAUGAGUCAGACUUCAGUACUCUUCUGCUAACUACAUACAAUGACAUCAUGAUCGACAUUGCUUAUUAGUGUGUCAUAAGCCUGACUCGGUUACGCCCUAUGAUACUCC